UUGAAAUUUAGAAAUAAUAUUCCAAUAUGGGUGAGUCAUUGCUCUUUCAGAAUCCACAGAAGUCAUGAGGUUAACUUUUUAUAGACCAAAUUUACAACCAAGAGUCUAAUUCAGAUACAGAUACGCCAAGAGAUGAAGAUAGAGGCCUUCCCAACAAAGGUCCGGAAUUUUACCCAAAAGAAGGCAAUUUCAUAACCUCAGAAAAGAAAGCUUUUGGAAAGGGUGAACUCGAAGAAGAAAAUAAAAUGCAAAAAAUUCCUCUGGAAAACCAUAAAAGAAGUAUCUCCCAAGCUUGGGACACAUCCAUGAAUAGAAAUAUGGAUGCUGAAAACAAUGAAAUCGAUUAUGAAGGCAGCUUCAACAAAAAUCAUAGGACUGAAGAACCUAUAAAUGGCAGUAUUAAUAUGGUUGAUCACAGCGUCACUAACGCCUCUAAGAUUGGCAUGAAUAUGGUCAAUACACUGAAGAACCAGAUCAACUACAACCUCAAGUCAGAUGAUGACUUAAUCACAGAAUAUCUAAACUCAAUUUUGAAUAAUAACUCUGAGAGAAGAAGAGAUAUGCUGGCUAGCCCAGUUCCAAAAUAUCUCAACUCUAUAACUCUAAAAAUUAAAAGGAAGUCAGGUUUAUGGUCGAAAUUCUCCCCAGUGUUGACUCUCGAAACUCUCGAUUCUCAAAAACUGCUUCUCAAUGCAAAAUAAGUGAGUUCAAUCCAAGCCACUUUCUAAGUUCUACAAGACUGCAUAUUAUUUCCACAUCAGCAAUCUUAAAAAUUCCUUCAAAAAGGGAGAUGAAGGCUAUAUGGGAAGAAUCAAGAAAAAGAAGAAGGUUUAUAGCUUGCUAAACCACGUGAUUGAUUCUGAAAUGAACAAUGAAAUCGCCCAUAUCGAAUUCAAUACAAAGAAGAGCAAUCCUACCAGCACAAGAAGUUUCGACCUCAAUUUUUCUGAGACUAUGAAAUCCCUUAUACUCAAAGCUCCCAGAGGACAAGAAGAGAGCAAGAACAGUAAUAAAGCUCCCCAGAUCAAGCCAGAUGAUCUUAAGUUUACUAGUGUAGAGCCUUAUUAUAACGAAGAUACUAAGGAUUACGCAAUAGACUUCAGUCACCAUGAUGUCUUUAUCUCAAGCUCAAAGAAUUUCCAGGUGAAAUGGAAACACAGUGAUCAAUUAUUGAUUGAGCAGGUUAAAGUGGACAAAAAUGAGUUUGAAAUAAAGCUGAGAUACCCUAUGAGUAUUCUUGUAGCCUUUGCAACAGCUGUGACUCUAUUUGAUCCUAAAUUUAAGAUCUAGCACUAAAUUUCAAAUAAAA